GAGGACAAGUUCUUGCUACCAAAGAAAAAAAAUAAAAGACAAUUAGAAUGGAAUUUGAGUCAUUAAAUGUUCCAAUUUUCACUAAGGAAGUUGAUAUAGAUGAGAUCCGUCGAGCAAUCAAGUAUCAUCCAAGCGUCUGGGGAAAAUAUUUCUUGACAUAUGCUUCUACGGAAAUCUCUUCUGCAGAAGAGGAAGAACUGCAAAGACAAAAAAACAUGGUGAGGACAAUGCUGGCUCAGACGCCUGAUGAUUCGCUUCAGAAAUUAGAACUUAUUGACGUAGUUCAACGCCUUGGCUCUGGUUAUCAUUUUGAAGAAGAAAUUGACAAAUCGUUACGGUACAUACAUGACACUUACUUAGAGUACACUAGUAAAGACAAUGAUCUUCGUACUACUGCUCUUCGUUUCCGUUUACUCAGACAACAAGGUUAUCCCCUCUCAUGUGACGUGUUUGACAAAUUUCUAGACGGUGAAGGAAAUUUUGAGGAGUCAUUGGUCGAAAAUGUUGAAGGACUGUUAGAGUUAUACGAAGCAGCACAUUUUGGAGUACAUGGGGAGGAAAUACUUGACAAAGCAAUGGAGUUUUCCUCCUCUAAACUUAAGUAUUUACUUCCAAACAUGAACUGUUCUCUCUCCACACGAGUUAAAGCUGCCCUGGAGACCUCAAUUCGCAAGAGUUUGAGUAGGUUGGGACCCAAGAAAUUCAUUCCUAUGUACCAGCACGACAAAUCAUGUAAUGAGAUACUGCUGAAUUUUGCGAAAUUGGACUACAACAUUGUCCAAAAACUUCAUCAAAAAGAGCUAAGUGAGAUUACAAGGUGGUGGAGGGCUUUAGACUUCGCAAAUAAAUUGUCUUUUGCAAGGGAUAGAGUGGCGGAGUGCUACUUUUGGAUAGUGGAAGUUUAUUUUGAGCCCCGUUACCAUAAAGCAAGAAUAAUGCUAACCAAAAUUCUCAACAUGACUUCCAUUCUUGACGACAUUUAUGAUGUCUAUGGAACAUUAGAUGAUCUUCAAGUUUUUACAGAUCUCGUUCAAAGAUGGGAUGCUAAUGCUUUAGAGCAGGUGCCAGCGUACUUGAAAAUAUGUUAUGAAGCCCUUUCAGAUGUGUAUAUUGAAAUGGAAAAUGAAGUCAAAGAAAUAGGCGAAUUGUACCGUGUUCAAUAUGCGAAAGAAGAGAUGAAAAAGUUGGUGCGAGCAUAUUUAGAAGAGACAAAAUGGUCUUACAGUAAGGAUACACCGACGAUGGAGGAAUACAUGAAGGUGGCCAUCGUAACUGCUACUUAUAUGAUGUUGUCAACAACUUCCUUGGUUGGUAUGGGAAACCUAGUAACCAAAAAAGACUUUGACUGGGUAACAAGCGAGCCACUGCUUGUAAUAGCAUCCUCAGCUGUUUGUAGAUUAACCAACGACGUGGUUGGAUAUGGGUUUGAACAAAAACGCGCAGCAGUGCAUUGUUACAUGAACCAAUACGGUGUUUCAAAGGAAGAAGCUGUUGUCGAAAUUAGGAAACUGACCAAGAAAGCGUGGAAGGAUAUGAAUCAGGAAUGUCUUCAACCGACACCAGUCUCUGUGCCAGUCCUGACGCGUGUUGUCAAUCUUGCUCGCAUCGUACAUCUUUUCUAUGACUAUGCCGAUGAGUAUAGCAAUUCCAAAAUUAAUAUAAAAGACGUGAUAUACGACGUGCUCGUUGAGCCCUUGUGACAGUUUGAAGAUCCAAGUCGGGAUGGUGUGGGAGGCUGGUGAAGUUCUUGUGUUACUCAUCUGAUGUACAAUAUUACAGCAUAUACAUAUGAUCAUCAAUAAAUGUAAGGACUUGAUGAAAUUGAACUAUAUCAUAUGUACUUAAAGAAUAUUGGUCGAGUUUGGCAUCUUGGCGACGUUGUCUGUGUACUCAUGAUUUAACGGAAUUGUUGUCUGUAAAUUAUAUUGCAUAUCUAAAAGUUUGCUGCUCUC